AUGCUAGGAGGCCAGUCGAUGCUGUCCUGGUCCCUCAGCGAUGCGUCCACGUCCCAGCAAGCUCCACCCAGACAAGUGGGCUCACAAUUCAGAUCAGCGGUCUCUUUGGGUAAAGCUUUGAGCAGGUUCCGUCGUGCAGGUCGUUGGAGGCCAGCCUUGCAGGAGAUUCAAGAUGCAAAGCACCACGCACUGAAGACGGAUUUGCUUGUGUUCAACAUCGCCUUGGGUGCCAUUGCAUCUCAUGGCCGCUGGCAACUGGCGUUGUUAAUGACAGCUGCACAGAAGUCUCCCGACAUGUACUCUUGGAACACGUUGGCUGGCGCAGUCUCAAAGGGGAAGUCAUGGAGCCGUGCUUUGGCGACAUUGCGACUGAUACGUGAACAACAGAUUGCGGACACCGUGACUUACAACACAGCUAUUUCCUCCCUGAAGGGACAACCAGCAGGUUGGUUUCGAGCGUCGUCCCUGCUGCUGCAAGCGUCAUUAGCAAAGCUCCAACCUGAUGUGAUGACCUGUUCCAGUACUGCUGCAUGCACACAAGACAUGGACGUCUCUAGAGAUGCGUGGCGCGACGUCUUGGUGCACUUGGAGACGAGCAGAGGAAGCAGCCUCGCGAAGAGUGUCUAUCUGUGGAGUGCAUGCAUGACCUGUGUCAGCAGGGCGAGCCGAUGGGCUACUGCAUUGGAUCUGAUGCAGGCGGCUCGGCGUUGCCGUUUGCAGCAAAAUGUCGUCAUGCUGUGCGCUGCCACGGCAGCUGGACAAAUCGGUCAUCAGUGGCAGCAGACGCACACGUCUCUGGAGGCAGCCCGGGCACAGGAACUUGCUGUCAACGAUGUUUUUUUUGGCACAGUACUGGCGGACACGAACUGGUCGCGAGCUGUGCAGUGGUUGGAGGAGAUGCGCCUGUCAACGGUGCGAGCGAGCAGCGUGCUUUUGGCGAUUGCUUCUAACACGGUUCCCUGGGAGCAGGCACUGGAAGCUUUGCUUCCCGCUUCAGCUCACGCACUUUCUGCGGUGAACAAUGUCAUCGGUGGCUGUGGGAAGACUGCGUGUUGGCAGGCUGCCGUGGCACUCGUCCAUCGGUUCGCGACAAAGGAUGCAACUGCACGAGUGACGGCCGUCGGCUUCACUGCAGCUGCCGGAGCUUGCGAGCGAGGGCGGCAAAGAAGACAAGCCGUCAUGCUCCUGAAAGAGCUGCGGAGAAGACGGCUUCAAGGUGACAGAACUUCGCAAGGGGCUGCCAUCGCUUUUUCCUCGCAGUCGUGGAGAAGAGCACUUUGGCAGCUGGCAGUCGCCAGCACAGACGAUGCUUUUGCCAAAGGUGAUAGGGUCAUGCAAGGAUCGGCGAUGGCAACCUGCGGGGAGCACGGAAAAUGGAUUCUGGUAAUGGGCUUGCUCGAUGCGCAAAUGCCUAUUGAACCUGUCAAUGUGGCACUCGAAGCUUGCAAGACCAAGUCGCUAUGGACAGUGGCACUCGGACUGAUGGGCGUGGCACUCGAAAGAGAGCUGAAAUUGGACGUGCUGACAUUAUCAAGCACACUCGGUGCUUGUGCACAGUGUUGGGAAGAGAAUCGUUUGUGGUUCUCUAGUCUCCAGCUACUAGAUAGGAUGGUCUUGCGGCAAGUACGACCCAACUUGCUGUGUUGGCUGGAAGCAUUGCCAAAAGAGCAAGCCUGUCCCGUGUCGCCAAAUCUGCUGCAUAAGCUGCAAGCUGUGGCUAGUGCGUCGUUCGAAAGGUUUGACGUGAGGCAAGCAGCAUGA